AUGUCUGAGUAUUCUAACAAGAAGACUCGUGGUGCCUUCGUUGCUGCAGUGUUUGCCAUACGGGGUUUUGGCAUUUUGGCAGGUGGUAUAUUUGCAAUUAUAAUUUCAGCUGCAUUCAAAAACAGGUUUGAUGCACCACCAUAUGAGGUUGAUCCGAUUGGCUCAACAGUCCCAGAAACAGACUACAUUUUGGAGGUAAGAAUGUCUUCAUGGAAGGGAAGGAAAUUAUGCCGCACAGGUCCUUAG